AUAUCCACGUUUAGCCCGUAUAGGAAUCCUCUUUCACAACUGGCGUCAUUUCUUAGGGUCGCUUCUUUUUGAAUAACUAAUUAUUGUAUCUUUUAAAACCAUGCCGGGUUACCAACAGAGAGGUUAUGGUGGUCCUCCAGCCAGCGGAUUUAGGAAUCAAAAUCGUUAUGGAGGUGGUGAUGGUGAUCCUGACCCAAAUUCUGAACAGUUCAGAAAAUUGUUUAUUGGUGGUCUCAGCUUUGAUACUGAUGAAAAUAGCCUAAAACAGUAUUUCUCAAAAUGGGGUGAAAUUGUUGACUGCAUAGUCAUGAGAGAUCCAAACAGUAAACGAUCAAGAGGUUUUGGUUUCAUUACAUACAAAGACAAGGACAGCGUAGACAAUGUCCAGAAGGAUAGGCCACACAAAAUUGAUGACAGAGAAGUUGAAACAAAAAGAGCAAUGCCAAGAGAUGAUCCCAGCAUUAACAAUCAACAAACUGUUAAAAAAAUGUUUGUUGGUGGCUUAAAAGAGGAUACAACAGAAGACAUGAUAAGAGAUGUAUUUUCAGAGUAUGGUGACAUUGAACUUGUUGACCUUAUUACUGACAAAAACACAGGAAAAAGCAAGGGCUUCUGUUUUGUUACCUUUAAGGACUAUGAUUCUGUUGAUAAGUGUGUUUUGAAGAAACGUGUCAACUUAAAUUCAAGAAAAGUUGAGGUGAAAAAAGCCUUUGCCAAAGGUGAAAUGGAUGCUCGUGGUCGAAUGCCAGGAAUGAACAUGGGAAUGGGAAUGGGUCUGCCUAUGGGCCGUGGAGGUCGUGGUGAUUUUGGAUUUGGUGGACAAGGCUAUGGCGGUAAGGGUGGUUAUGGUGGGGGAUAUGGACCAGGUUAUGGUGGAGGCUAUGGUCAAGGAGGGUGGCAAGGAGGCUACAAUGAUUAUGGGAAUUAUGGCCCUGGGGUCAACCCUGGUAACCCACGUUAUGGUGGCAACAAUUACAAUGGAGGUAAUGGUUAUGGAGGGCAUGGUGGAUUUAACAGACGAUGAUGAGCAGUGCUCGUCCUUAUUUUUCUCAGGCAGGUUCAAUGGCAUUUAUGCGAGAAAGGCAGGCAGGCGGGAAAGCUAGUGUGAGGUCUAGUUUCUAGUCUGGACUUGUGAAGUUGUUUGCUUAAAUGUUUUGGUACUACAAUUGCUGAGUGAUUAAAUGUAACUGUAUGAUGUGAGUGUAAAUGACUAGAACUCAGGGGGAUUUUGGAUCUCCCUUAAUACCCAAAGGCAGCAGCGCAGAACUAGACUAGCCACCCGUGGAAGAAGGCCCCGUCAGAAAAAAAAUGUUGGAUGGAUAAAGGGUUGACCAGGUGUUCCUCAUCCUUCUGCAACACAAAAAAAAAAUCUAUGCAGGCUGGACCACCCUUGAGUGGACUUCUUAACUCCAUAAUGCUGGUUCAUCAAGUACAGGUUGCAAAAAUGGCAUGAAGGAGCAACUACAUGAAAUCUUUAGACCUAAGCCCUAGAUCCACAAGGUCUUGAUGAGCUUACUCAGGUCACUGCAAGAAGAUGAGCGCUACGGUCAAGAGGAAAGAAGUAUCAUUCAUUCAAAUCAUGUCUAGGUAUUUUUUGUUCUGGGGAGUAAGAUCUAGAGCAGUUUUCUAUCAGGUCCUAUUGAUUUCUAUGGGGAUUUAUGCAGGGCAAUUCUAGGACAUUAUCUUUCAAGUGGGGAUGCAAGCUUAGGAGCUCAUAAAGAAGUGGGCAUUAUUUUUGUGUGUGGUUGAUUGACAUUCCGUUGCUUUCACCCUUCAUCUAAUAGUCAAUUAUCAUGCAAAUCAUUCAUUAACAUUGUGUUUAUAUAUUUUACAUGCUUAAGAUUUUUGGUCCGGUCCAGGUUUAGUUUUUGAAAAUAUAAAACGUUAUGAGCUUCAAGGUCUUGCAUCCAUUCAUUUGAACUGACUAGAUCAUUCUCAAGCUAAUGACUUUAAGGUUGACCGGGCGAUAGGAUUAUGCCAAUGUGGUUAUAGUUGUACAGGCUAAGAAUAAUUUAUUUGCCUGUAUAACUAACUGCUUUUUAUAUUUAAAUUCAUUGGAUGGGUAUAGUGAUGGUCAUCUGCCACUACUAACCCCAUCUAAAUACCAGAGGAUCUAGUUUAGCUUAUGGAGCCAUUGCCUCCCCUCCACCUCCAGCCUCUACUACCGGUCUGCCAACCUCCAUAGGGUGUGAAGGAAACGGAAAGUGAACAGACUUAAGUUUUCCAUAUAUAAUCAAGAAUUGCAACAUGCUCAACUUGACAUGUACAUGAAAUGUUACACCACCAUUAAGGCCAGUUGAUUUUGUUUAACUGCAAUGAAAUUCAAAAUUGUCUAGUAUUAGUAAUGAAUUUUAUAAAUUAAGUCACAUUGACAUAAACAGUGCUUGGAAUUAAAUACCAUUGCACAAUCUUGGUUUUGCAGAUCUAUUUGUCAUUGUAAAUAUUGGGCAGUUGUAAUGUUGCUUGCUUUCUUGUUUCCCUCAUAGAUAGGGUAACAUAGUUGUAUUGUUAGGCUGAAUUUGCUUGAGAGAAAACGACUUGUAAUGUAACUAAAACUAUCAGGUAGCAGUAGAUGUAUUCAUCAGUCGUUCACUUUUUUUUUUUUAGUGUCAGUGUUUUCUUUUAUUUGUCAUGAGUUUGUAGUAGAGAUAAUUGUCACGUCUGUCCAUAGGGGCACACGGAAUAAAGGAGCGCAAAAUACUUCUGGCUCACUGGCGAAAA